UGAUAGCUUUGCAGAAGGCGAACGGGUUUCUUGUUCCAUCUGCCUGGGCCAGCACAUUUGGUGUCUGCAAACAGGGGGUGCGUUAAGGUUUGCAAGCCUGUGCUAUUGCAAAGAUGGGAGAGUGGAAGGAAGACCAAGGGGGGACAAGAAGCCCCCGAGAGAGAAGCAGCAGCGAGCCGAUCACGGAGAGGGAAAAGGCGCAGGUGGCGAGAUGGCUCCUUCAGGCCGGGGCAGGGGGGGAGAUGGUGUGUAAGAAGCAUCAAGAGCCUCUCAAAGUCUUCUGCAAGGAGGAUCGCGCCGUCCUCUGCCUCGUCUGCGACAAAUCCAGGCAGCACAGAAGCCACACGGUUCUCCCCCUGGAAGAGGCAGCCGAGGAAUACAAGAAUGAAAUUCAUACGCAGCUACAGUCUCUGAAAACAGAAAAGCACGCUGCCCAAAACUAUAAAGUGACCCUACAGAUGUGUACAGCAAAGUAUUUGGAAGAGAUAAAGAUUGAAAAGCAGAAAAUUUUGCGGGAGUUCCAGAAACUCCGCCUCUUUCUGGAGAAGCAGGAGGGCCUUCUCCUGGCUCAGCUGGAAGAACUAGAGAAGGAGGUGGAGAAGACACAGAAGGAAAAUGAUGCCAAACUCUCUUAUACUUUCUCCCGUCUUGGUGCCCUUAUCAGGGAUUUAGAGAAAGACUACCAGAGACCCGCCCGUGAAUUUCUGCAGGAUGUCAACAGAUCCUUAAGCCGGUGUGAAAAAGGGAAGUGCUGUUGGCCAUUGGAGAGGUUUCCUAAUCUGCAGAAGCUCAAUGAAGUCUCUCAGAAAAAUACCGUUUUAAUGAAAAACAUGCAGAAAUUCAAAGAAACAUUGUCAAUUGAGCUGAAGAGAGAAAGGAUACCUUGGCUAAACGCUGUGUGGGGUGAAAAAGCAGACCAGCCACAAAUCCUUUGGCCUGUGAUGUGUAGAGAUGUGCUGAGAAACAGCACAAAAGUGAAUGUGAUGCUGGAUCCACGGACAGCAAACCCCAAACUCUUCAUCUCCCUGGAUCGGAAGACAGUGAGGCACGGACAACACUCGCAGGCCCUGCCUGACAACCCAGAGAGAUUCGAUUCCGAGCCUUUUGUGUUGGGCUGUGAGGGAUUCUGCUCAGGGAAAUAUUGCUGGGUUGUAAAUAUAGAAGAGGGGCAGAAUUGGGCAGUUGGCAUUGCCAGAGAGUCUGUGAAGAGGAAAGGCUACAUCAGCCUCAGCCCUGAGCAAGGCAUCUGGGCUGUGGAGCAAUGCUGGGGUCAGUUCCAAGCACUUACCUCUCACUGGACUGCCCUGUCCCUGUGCAAAAAACCCAGGAGGAUCCAGGUGUCUCUAGACUACAGGAAAGGUCAGGUGGCAUUUUUUGAUGCAGAUCUGGCUGUUCCAUUCUUCACUUUUCCACCCAUCUUUUUCAAGCAGGAGAAAAUCUACCCUUGGCUCUGGGUAGGGCCAGGAUCUCAGCUUAGCUUGUGAUUCAAAAGCCUGCUGCUGCAAGUCAAGCUGGCAGUGCCUCUGUUCUUCACUAUCCUGAUAAGAGGAAAGCGUUUUUCCUGUCUCUCUGCCAAAGUAUCUAGCGGCCUGAUUUGUGUAACUCCUUCCUCCCUUUUUUAUUUCUUGUUAUUUUCAGUAAUUUGCUGUAAAUCACAGAAGCUGUAUGGCAAUUAAUCGGCUGCAAUUGAAUCACUUCAGCUGUAUUGCUUAGGAGUUGCACAAGGCUCUGGUAGAGCUCUCCAGAAAAAAAAUAGAGUGGAUUGUGUUUGUUUAUUAUUAUAGCGUCCAUUAUAACUUCUAAGGUUCACUACUUUGAGAUUUUUGUUAAUCUGUUUUGUCCUGUUUAAAUACCAUUGCUGUAGCAUUGUUUGCCGUGGUGGACAUAACAAGGAAGGAGAGGGAAUGAGAUCUCUGUAAAUUUUUUAAAGGAAGUGUCAUCAUGGAAGCCCAUAAUGUCUUCUUGGUGCCUUACUAGCACAAAUUGUGUCAAUUGCUUCAGGUGAUCUUGCUCUUUGGAGGCAUUAUCUUGCUUCAGAACUGUUCUGGGGCCACCGUCAUCUAUGCGCCCACCCUUGAUUUUCUUUGGCACCAAAUAAUGAUUUUAAAUUCCUCUCCUUUUGUGAAGGUGAUCAUAUGAACAGUCAGCCGGGAACAUGGAUUGGUGUGGAGUGGUGGAGCAUUGACAAAUAUUGUAAGAGUGGAAAGUAGAUGCAUAAGAAAACAGUUGUAGGCUGGAGCACUAUGUAUAGGGGGGAAAAACUGAAGAGAAUUUUCUAUGCUAAGCUUCUUUCGCAAGAUACCAAAUGUCUGACAAGCAACCGUAGGGAGAAAGCUUAGGCCAGCAUAGUAAUACUGUGCAGUCCAAAAAACUCUGCCUCUGACAGAAAGCACACAGUAUUUAUAGCAAAUUCUAGUCACAAAAGAAAGUUAUAGUACUUUUCCUUAUGUAGCAAAAAGAAAAUUACCAUCAGAGCAAAACACCAUGUCAGUCAUUCUUGCAGUUGGGCUAGCAGUUGUGUUCCUUAGAAUCAGCAGUACUCAUCUUCCUACCCCUCCCAAUCUCAUUUACAUGUACACAAUGUUGAUCAAAGUUUGAGGCCUACUUGCUUUAUUUCUACAAGCCACAGAACAUGUAAAAGCAGAAGUUCAGAACGUUUCUAAUACAGCAGGUGCCUCAGACAGGCUUUUGACUUCUUUGUGAAGCAACAGAACUGAAAAAUUAGUAGCUAAUAAAAUGCAGCUAGUGGUCUAAGAAAUAAACCUAUCCACUGCAUAAUUUAUUCGUAAAUGACCUGUCCGAGUAUAGAAAAAACAGUGCAUGAGAGAAAAUGAGUGUGGGCUGAAGACCCAGGCCCGGAGAAGACACGGAAUGACAGGACUAAGGAGACCACCAGCUGCAAGGUCCCCAGAGGACCCUCGCCUUUGUGACUGAAAAGCACUGUGAUCAGUUCCCUAGUGGGAGGGAAAGGAGAAGCUACAGUGGCCAUGGGCAAAGACACUUCAACAAACCUCCAGGAUAUCUGUGUCAAGGUCAUCCUACCAGGCUACAAGACCAGAAUCAGUGACUACCAAAAUGAACAUACAUGGCUAGACACCAUGACAGGAAGGCAAAUGCAGAGAAAAAGAAGAAUGGACUAUAAUGUCUGGAGACAUGUGAACCAUGCAAAUUCAUGGCCUGUUCUGCCUCAGGCCCAAUCAGAAGAAGCAGAUAGAGUCUGAUGAGAAGAGGAAACUGAGUUACUUUAUUUGAAUAGAGGGAAGACCGUGGAUACAAGGGCAAUAUAAGCCCAGUAAAACCAACCGUUCUUCAGAGGUCUGAGAAACAUCAACUUUUAUCACCUUGGGUUCAUUAUGUAUUCAAUAAGUUAUUGGUUGAGAUAGUUAAUGUACAUAUGACUUAGCAUCAUUCCAUUGGUUUCGCAUAAUUAGGGGUUGUCCCCUUACUCAACACUUUAAAAAGUUAUUUAUCAUUUCAAAGAACAAACACUCCUUCUUUGGCAACGCUGAUAUCAGUUCAAGUAUCCAUUGGGCAGAUGUCUGUUAUUUUCAUGACUAGCCCGGAUCCGUUCUCAUCCUUGAUGUAACUAGCAGAACAACUACCCAUUGUUAAUUUAUUCCAUUACAUGAUAUAGGUGCUGGGCAAAGAACAUUUCCCAAUAUUCCUGAAACAAAGGCUUUAAUACAAGUGCCCCAAUCUAUGGCAGGAUGAUGGCCAUCUAUCUCUUGCAAUGUUGACAAUGAGGGAACUCGAGAUUCUACAGGCCUGGAUCUUAAUUGUUUUGUUCUCACAGAUUCUAGAAAUGCAGUUUCAUUUUCUACUGUCAGUACUUUUGUUAGCUUGCAAGAACAAAAGAAAGAUGGGUAAGGGGCUUCUAUUUGUGUGGCUGUGUAAAGAAAAAUAAAACAUGAUUACAUCUA